AUGUUGCGGCCGUUCACCUGCCGGCCAUGUCUUCGACGCCUACAGCAGCAUGGCCCCCGGCCAAACUGCACUGGCAGAGUCCUGCUGAUGUCUCGAAGUAUUGCGAACACCGCCGAGGCAGGUGAAAACAUAACCUUCAGACGAGUUCAUUCAAAAGAGCCCAUAAUCCGCGAACCGAUCGGUGGUCAUGGCAAUCGACAUUCGAGAUCCCGGAACGGCAGUGGUAAUUCCGAGCAAAUAUCGGAGGGUCAAAGGCGGAAGGAUAUGGUUGCAGCUAAGCUUGAAGCAACAAAAGUCGGGAAACUUGUCAAGUAUAAUGAAGAAUGGGCGCAAGUCUGGGCUCGCGACGAGAUUGACAGAGCUCGGGAAUGGAAUUUCCUGAGGCACCACCUCUCGGACGAUCAAAUCGAGACUUGGAAGCAAUGGAGGCGCAACUUGUCUCAACUUCUUGGGUAUAUGGCAACUGGCGAUGUGGAGAAGCGACCAAAGAUGCCAGACGGUACGGAUCGCGUUCUGAAGCGCGAAUCUAUCGAAAGUGCCAUUGAUGAAUGGAGUUCAUGGGAUGACAAGAAGAAAGAGGAUGUAUGGCAUACUCUUAUGUUUUCUGCUUUAUGGUCUUGUCCUGAUCGAGCACUGGUUUUCCUUGAGACCACCACUCGGGAAUGCACGCUGCCAGGCUAUGCCAUCAACGAUGUCAUCAAUUUCCUCGCAAGAUGGCAAAAGCAACUCCCAGUAGAACAGCUCCAAUCCCACGCUAAAUCUCUUUGCGAUUUGACCAUCGAAGUUUUCGACCGCUCUUCUGAUGGUCGUGGUCGCUUGCGGCAAAACACCAUCUUUCAUCUUACACAGAACGUCGAUCCUGGGCGCAUAGAAGCCUUAUACCACUUCCUGCUGGAGCGGCAGAAUCCUAUACACGAGAACACUCUUCUUUCCAUCGCUGAUAAGCUUGCUGGCCAUUCUUCAUACAAGCAAAUGGCACUCGAUAUAGUCAUCGAAGCCAUUAGGGCCGGCAGAGCAGACCUCGAAAAGACGCGCUGGCGAAGCCUUUGCACGUCCAUCUUGUCUGCCAAGCCCGAGGACAUUGACAUCGGAGACCACUUUUCGGCCGCUGAUGCAUUCGGCCUUCUUCUAGAACACGGCUUUACUCCUAAUAUGGUCAGCUAUACGGCCAUGAUUCGAAACCUCUGCGUGUCAGGUCAGCCUGAAAGAGCCUGGCGUGUUUUCGAAGUUAUGAAACGACACAACAUUGAGCCGGAUCCGAUCUUAUUCUCUACCCUUCUGGACGGUGCGAAGAGGUCACUCUCGGCAUCAACUAUUAAUCAUGUUGUAGAGGACGCCGCUGAGCGUGGUGCCAUCGACGUCGUCUUUUUGAACGAUCUCCUGUUCUCUGUUCUUCAUUUUUCUGAAGAAGAAGCGCGAGAAAAGAAGGCGAAGAGGGGCAACGUAAACUCCAUCCCAGCCUUCGGGCCCAUGUUAUUCUUCUACAUGAGAGCCUUCAAGCUUGCGCCGCUGCAAGCACUCAUUCCCAUGGACUUGUCUCUCUAUGCUCGCCUGCAUACCCCACGAAUGCCCGACGAUUGGCGAUCGGCUCCUCGCCUUUUCCCCGCUCUUGAGGCGGCCACUUCCGCCAUACCAAACAAGCUGGAUCCAACGGGCGCGACUCUCGGCGUCAUGUUUAUCGCUUUUGUUAAAAGCCUCUCACAGCCGAUCAAGCUCAUCUCGCUGUACGCUUACUUUCGACAGCUGAUUCUCCAAAAGAACCCAGUGGCCCUGCAGCACGUUCGCGAGAAGGGCACCUACAUAUACGAUGUCAUUCUCAAGGCUCUGCUGGAGAGUCGAGGCAUGCAGCGUCCGGCACUGGAUAUCGUUGGCGAUAUGCUUAGGGAUACACUUGAAGAGCGGGCCAAUCACACGAGUUCCACGAAAGACAUAAAGAACGAGGCCCCAAGAAUCCAUCCACCUCCAAGCAUUUAUACCUGGAAUAUUCUCCUUGCUGGUUUUCUGUUCAGCCGCGAGAAGGAGUCUGCUAAUCAGAUUUCCAAGAUGAUGCAGAAGCAUGGCGUAAAGCCAAACGUCGUCACUUGGAACACUCUCAUAUCGGGCUAUGCAGGGAUUCAGGACGUCAGAAAGACUGUCCAGGCGCUGCAAGGACUCGAGGAUGCGGGCUAUGAGGCGAGCACGCACACGCUGAAGGGUUUCUCCAGACUAGUGAACAAGGAGAGGGCGUUUGUGCAGAUGCAGAAAACGAUCGACUUCAACAAGAUUAAGAAGGCUGCGGUGGAGACCGCAAAACGAAACAACGUUUCUCUUCAUGGCGAGGGCAGACCUGUGGCACGGGGUGAAAGCGACCCUUUACAGCAGAUAACAAGUCGCCAAGAAGAAAUCGGGGGCAACAGUGAACGGCAACGAUUCAGGAAAGAGCUGAAGGCGGAAGAGGAAGAGGAGGAGGAAGAGCAGGAAGGGCAAAAGUCUCAGAGGUUCGAGUACCUGGAUGUGACACCGGAUGAGUCUUAUGUAAAAAAUGAUGUACAAUAG